AUGGAGGCGGAUUGUGUGGAAUUGUGGACGGGCUGGUGUGGAAGAUGGCGCCCGGGACGACAACCGAUCCUCCGCUUUCAUAAAUCACACAGCACCGACGACGUGGUAGAGCUGACUAUGAUGUCAUUUUGCUUGGGGAGACCGUCGAGACGUGGGCUGGCACACGAAAUCUGGAUUGAUUACCCCUCGUUCGAUGCCGACGAAUUCAUGCGAGAAUUCGAGCAACGACUUCGGGACGCGGCACCCGGCAUAAACAUCGAACGGCUCCAUGAAACGGAUCCGGAUGCCAUAAUCUCAAAAGAAAGGGUUAAUGCUUGCGCAGAAUUAACACCGGCGCACGGGAUUCAUGGCUAUUUCCGGAUUUUUGUUGGUGGAAAAGGUUUCCUCGUAGCCCUCGAGGUAGGGGCGCCGGAGCAGGAAGAGGACGAAGACGACGGGUAUAUCUCUAUAGAGAAGUUUCUGUGGAUUUUCGAUCGG